AUGAGACCACCCAACAUUGUGCCAUACAUCAAGCAUGCGUUAUUCGCUCCUGGCAAUAUUACGAUUACUGCCCUCAUAGUAGCCAUAUACGCUGCUAUUUUCAUUUCCAGUAUUGUUGUAUAUGAAUCUGUUCCAGCACCACCGAAACCACAACAUCAGCGGGGACUAAAUCUUGAACAAGCUUGGAGAGAUUUGCAGUUGAUCACCCAAGUUCCUCAUCCUUAUAAUUCACACUCAAACGGCCAAGUUCGAGACUAUCUUCUCCACCGUCUUCGCGGGAUCUCCCAUACGUAUCCUCAUGUCGAACUUGACAAUGAUCGCAUCAGCAAUGGUACUUAUUCGGGCGGAGGACGGGUCGUUUACUUUGAGGGCGACAACUUGUUAGUCAAAAUCGCAGGGAAAGACCCGGCUCUGUCAGGGGUUUUGUUCUCUGCUCAUUUCGACUCGGUAUCCACCGGACUAGGUGCGACCGAUGACGGAAUGGGAGUUGUAACGCUUCUACAGCUCGUUGAGUAUUACGCCCGCAACAGGCCUAAAAGAACGACCGUUUUUAACAUCAAUAAUGGCGAGGAAGAUUGGUUGAAUGGGGCUCAUGCUUUCCUUGAUCAUCCAUGGUCGAAAUUGCCCAAAACCUUCCUUAAUCUCGAAGGCGCAGGUAACGGAGGUCGACCCAUCCUAUUCAGAAGCUCUUCCUUUGACGUAACCACGGCCUUCCGCUCAGUCUCGCGUCCUCAUGGAUCGAGUCUUUCGAGCGACGCAUUUAAACGUGGACUCAUUCGGUCUGGAACGGACUUUUCGGUUUAUGAGGAAGCUGGAAUGCGUGGUCUUGAUCUUGCGUUCUAUCGUCGAAGGGCGAGAUAUCACACCGUGUUUGAUUCUGCUGCGUGGCUCGGUAACCAGAACUCGCUAUGGAUAAUGAUGGAAAGUGCUCUCGAGGCUGGUAAUGCGCUGGUUUCCGCUGGGACAUCGGGAAAGCCGGUUGAUGCCGUCUAUUUUGAUAUCUACGGAAGCUCGAUGGCCGUCAUCUCACGUCAAGGAAUGCUUGCUCUGAAUAUAAUUCUACUUAUACUUGGCCCCGUCUUUGCGGUCGCAAUAGUCAUGACCUCUCCCGACCGUCAUACAGGGCUCAUCAACCGGUUCAAGGAAGACAAGAAAGUGUGGAUACAUGCACCUAUUGCCUAUUCUUCCUCUUAUGUAGUUGCGGCUUCCCUGGUUUCAGUAGCGAUCUUGGCCAUCAUCAUACCAGCAAAGAUCCUGGCGUACUACUUCCCUUCGCCCGAUCCACUGCUAACGACUGCCAAUCACGCCAUAUUCACUGUGUUCUGGUGGUUUGCUCUAUGUAUAGCAACCGGUGCACUGAACGAGAAGCACCUUGGAGGGUUCUACUAUGCUACGUUCGCAUAUGCAGGACAGCUAUUUUCGCUCCUCCUUUCGUUGGGUGCGAUGCUUCAUUUCGAUGAUUAUCCAACACUCGGUCAGCCCAACGGAGCUGGUGGGGACCACCUCAAUGGCGAAUAUCAAAAUGGUGACCACGAAGGAACAAAUGGCGAAGAACCCAAUGAACGAACCAGCCUGCUUCAGCGUGCACACCAGGCCAUCCACCAGCAUAUCGCGACUCCGGCAUUGGGCCAAGCAAGCAAAUCCCGCUCGACUUGGUUUGCUGAGAUCCUAUUUUCACUGUUGUUCCCUUCGAUCCUCGCGUCCGGGACUAUGAUCAUGCUAUUGACUGCGCUGAGCCAAACGUUGGCAGAUGGUAACUCUCCCAUGACAGUUUAUCUUGCCAUUGGCUUCCUUAGUGUUCUCCUAGCUCUUCCUAUUGCCCCUGUGGCUCACCGUAUCCAUAUUGGAGCCAGUUUCUUCUUGGCACUGGUUGUUUUCACCACAGCGAUCUAUAGCUUGACCGCGUUCCCAUUCUCUCCAUUAAAUCCACUCAAGGUCUACGCCCAACAGACUAUUGAUCUUGAUUCGGGCAUCAACAAGGUUCACCUGGUCACUCUUCCAUCUCUUAAUUUGUACAACAAGGACCAGCCGCCACUCUGGUACUCGCUCCCUAGCACACAGAGACAACCCGUCUUUUGCUCCUCUCGAUCAAAAGAAAAGGACGGGCUUGGCAGUUGUGAAUGGCCUGGCUUGGUACCCAACGUCACACUGGAUUCGACCCGGCCCUCUCAUUGGAUUAAGAGCUCUGUCACCAAGAUUGGACGGAACGUUGCCCGCUUCGAAGUCCAAGGACGGAACACCCGGUCUUGUAGGAUAUACUCGGAUGUGCCUAUGAAGUCCGUGCGUGUAGAAGGUGGGCACUGGGAAAAUGGUUCACAGACCGAAGAAGAGUUCAACGAAAUUCGGCUGUGGAGCCGUAAGUGGGAUGAGACGUUCCGAGUUUUAGUCGCGUGGCCCGACAAUAACGGAGCAAACCGGACCGGAAAGAUUGCAUGCGAGUGGGCCGAGUGGGACCUUGGAAAGAUUCCUGCAAUCGACGAACUGAGGACGUUCCUACCACCAUGGACGGUGGUGAGUAAACUCGCUGAUGGUUUGGUGGAAGGCACGAGGGAGUUCAAAAUAUGA